CCGCUCCGCCGCCGCUGCCCGCGCAGCCCCGGCCGGCCCAGCCCGCGGGCCCGGCCCGCAGCCCGGCCCGGCAGCGCCCGAGGGCAGCCCGGCACCCGCAGGAUUAGAAGCUUGCAAAGAAAUUCACACUGGAUGAAAACCAUUUCCUGAAGCUGGGUCUAUUCCAGAAACUGUAACCCAAAUGUUUCUCUGUCCGUGGAGGAGAUUUCACAUUUGAAGAAACUUCUACUGAAGCCAGUCGUGUCCCAUCACCAUGUUCUGGAAGUUUGAUUUGAACACAACGUCACACGUGGACAAGCUGCUGGACAAGGAGGAUGUGACCCUGGAGGAGCUGAUGGACGAGGAUGACGUCCUGCAGGAAUGCAAGGCCCAGAACCGGCGGCUGCUGGACUUCCUGUGCCAGCAGCACUGCAUGGAGCAGCUGGUCACCCUCAUCACCCACGAGCCCCCCGUGGACAUGGACGAGAAGGUCCGAUUCAAGUAUCCCAACACGGCCUGCGAGCUGCUGACCUCGGACGUGCCGCAGAUCAACGACAAACUGGGCGGGGACGAGACCCUGCUCAACAUCCUCUACGACUUCCUGGACCACGAGCCACCCCUGAACCCCCUCCUCGCCAGCUUCUUCAGCAAGACCAUCGGGAACCUCAUUGCACGGAAAACAGAACAGGUGAUCUCAUUUUUGAGGAAAAAGGACAAGUUCCUGAGCCUGGUGCUAAAGCACAUCGACACCUCUGCCAUGAUGGACCUGCUGCUGCGCCUCAUCAGCUGCGUGGAGCCCACGGCGCUGCGCCAGGACGUGCUCAACUGGCUGAAUGAAGCCAGGAUUAUCCAGAGACUCGUGGAGCUGAUCCAUUCGAGCCAGGAUGAGGAUAGGCAAUCCAACGCUUCCCAGACCCUGUGUGACAUCAUCAGGCUGAGCAGAGACCAGAGCACUCAGCUCCAGGAUGUCCCGGAGCCAGAUCCACUUCUCACAGCACUGGAAUCGCAGGAGUGCGUGGAGCAGCUCCUCAGGAACAUGUUCGACGGGGAGCAGAGCGAGACCUGCAUCGUCAACGGAACCCAGGUGCUCCUGACGCUGCUGGAAACGCGGCGCUCCGGAGUGGAAGGCCUGAUGGACUCGUACACUCAGGGAUUCGAGAGGUCUUACACUGUCAACAGCAGCAUCUUACACGGCAUCGAGCCCCGGCUCAAGGACUUCCACCAGCUGCUGCUGUGCCCGCCCAAGAAACCGGCGAUCCUGACCACGCUGGGGGUGCUGGAGGAGCCGCUGGGGAACGCGCGGCUGCACGGCUCGCGGCUGAUCGCGGCGCUGCUGCACGCCAACACGCCCAGCAUCAACCACGAGCUCUGCCGGCUCGGCACCAUGGACUUGUUACUUGAUUUAUUUUUUAAAUACACGUGGAAUAACUUUUUGCAUUUCCAAGUGGAGCUGUCCAUAGCAGCCAUCCUGUCCCACUCGGUGCAGGAGGGGAAGCCCAGCCCGGGGGAGCCGGGCAGCAAAGAGGAGGCUCCGAGCGGGGAGGCGGCCCCGGAGCCCGCGGAGCCCGCGGAGCGCACACAGCCCCCUGCCGGAGCCACCGAGAACGUCAUGGUCACCCACCUGUUCCAGAAGUGCUGCCUGGUGCAGAGGAUAUUGGACGCCUGGGAAGCCAAUGACAAAAUCCAGGCAGAGGGCGGCAGGAGGAGAGGGAACAUGGGGCACCUGACCCGCAUCGCCAACGCCGUGGUGCACAACAUGGAGAAGGGGCCCAUGCAGGCCCAGAUCAGUGACUUCAUCAAAGAGUUGCCUGAGGACUGCAGGGGCAGGUGGGAGAGUUUUGUGGAGGAGACGCUGACGGAGACAAACCGGAGAAACACGGUGGAUUUGGUGAGCACCCACCACCUGCAUUCCUCCAGCGAGGAUGAGGACAUUGAAAGUGCUUUUCCAAAUGAGCUCACUCUCCAGCAGGCCUUCUCUGAGUACCAGAUCCAGCAGAUGACAGCCAAUUUCGUGGAUCAGUUUGGCUUCAAUGAUGAGGAGUUUGCAGACCAGGAUGACAACAUCAACGCUCCCUUCGACCGCAUCGCCGAGAUCAACUUCAACAUCGAUGCCGACGACGACAGCCCCAACGCCUCCCUGUUCGAGGCCUGCUGCAACGAGCGCAUCCAGCAGUUCGACGACAACGAGGAGGAGGAGGAUAUCUGGGAGGAGAAGGACAUUUCCUACGCCACCCAGGUCAAGUCCAGGACACGGUUUGGAGCCUCACAGACGUCAGAGAGCUCCAAGAGUGACCUGGAGAACGGGGACCACGACGGCAGCGUGGACUCAGAGGAGGAGGAGGAGCGGCCACCACCACCCUCCCCACACAAGGGCAGCACCCCAGAGCAGAAGGACUCAGACUCCUGCCAAGGGGCUGGCUGGACGGCCGUGUUCGAGCCCGCGGGCCCCACGCCGCCCGUGGCCAUGGACGUGGGCUCCAGCGUGUGGGACUCGGCCGCCCCGCAGAGCAGCGCCCCAGAGGAGAAGGGCUGGGCCAAGUUCACAGACUUCCAGCCUUUCUGCUGCUCCGAGUCCGGCCCUCGCUGCAGCUCCCCCGUGGACACCGAGAGUGGCGGCACCGACGGGACCCCGGCACAGGGCCAGGACAAGAACUCCAGCACUGCUGCCUCUCCCUGUGUGUGGAACGCGUGUGGGACACGGAAGGCACCGCUGGUGGCCUUGGACAGCAGCUCCUCAGGCAGCUCCGAGAGCGACGACGACGACGACGACAAGGCCAAGGCUGGCACGGAAUCCACGGCCACGGCACAGGAGCCCGGCAAGGACAGGGCAGCUCCCUCCAGUGGCUCUGACGGAAAAGCUCCGGAGACGCUUCCCGCGGCUGACGCCCCCCGUGCCCGGAACAGCGCGGCCACGCACACGGACGGGCACCAGAGAGUGGCCACUGCUGUCACAACUGCCACAGAAACGGCCACGAGAGACAGGAGUGACGAGGCCUUGCCCUGCACCGAAGCCACGUUGAACGGCCCCGCUUGAUGCCGCCGCCGCCCUGGGACGUGUGUGAGCCAGGCCAGGCUGCUCCCUGGUGAUGCAAUUUGUCAAUUCUUUUUUUUUUUUUUUUCAUUUUAAUUUUAUUUUUUAAUAAAUGCUGCAUUGAUGAGAGCGAGCUGGCGUUCAGGACCAGACACGCAGAUCCAACAGCACCGAUCCGUUCGGAAAGACACUCGGCAUUGUCGAAAUGUAGCAUUGAGUUCAGUCCUCACGGGAAUGACAGGCUCUUCCCAAGCCUUCUGCCUGAUUUGAGUUGUCCCCUUCCCCGUGCCCCUGGUUUUUGUUUUGGAUUUGGGGUUCAGUGCUGUUUUCCCAGUGUUAUUGCACACAGUAUUCAGCUUCUCUUGGGAAGGUAGCAGGUCCAGCGGCGGCCGGGGCCAGCGCACAAAUCCCGCAGCCGUGUGACCAAAGUUCCUGAUGGAGCUGUCCUCGGGCAGCCUUUGCACCGCUUUGUAGAGCAAUAAAGCCUUACCAGAAACAUUUCACAGGAGAGGAGGAAUGCCAACACUUCCGUGGGGGGAGCAGGGAGGGCUUGGAUUGGGUUGGCAGGGCCGAGGCCGGGGUUGUCCCCGGCCGGAGCUGGGGAGUGACGCUGAGGCCCAGCUGUCCAGGGAACGGGAUGUCCCUGCAUUCCAGCGCUGCUCCGGGCUCUCCAUGGACACGUGCUGGGUCAGGGCAGGGGCUGGGGCAGAGGUGGCCUCUCCUGCCAAUGUCCGUGCUGGCCGCAGGGGACCCUGCCCACGAGGAGGUGACCAGGGCUUUGCUGGCUCUUUGGAGACUGAAUUAAUGUAUUUGCAAAUGA